UCAAUGAGAGUACCUGGACCAGUUUAUGAUCCAUCCUAUCGAUUGUCAAUUACAUCAUCACCUUCAUUCUCUUUUGGAAGAAGAACACCACUGCCAAGUGAUCAAGUACUUCUUGAACAUCCUGGGUUAACAGAUUACAACAAACAAUUCGUUUCUCAUUCUUUUUCCCUUCAGGGCAAAGAUAGAGAAGUUGACCCAAAUAUUACAUAUAACGCUCCAAGAGCAAGAUUUUUGGGAGAUCAAUUUUUGAACGAGAACCUGGGAAGAGCAUCUCCAGGACCAAAGUAUAAUAUAACUCAAAGUUUUGUCAUUCCAUCCAAGAGACAUGUUGAGGAAGAUCACAUCCUGACAUUCAAAGCUAAAGAAAAGAAAAAGAAGGACAAACCGAUUCCUACACAAGUUUAUCCUGGUUAUAGUAUUUCCAAGGCUUCUGCUCAAAUUACUGAAAGUCCUGGGUGUGUUUACACUCCAAAAACAGAUUUCUCGUCACGAGUCCCAAGAGUAUGCAGCCCUGUAAUGAAAGUAGCAAAACCAGUGGAUAACAGAAAAGCUCCUGAAAUUUAUCCUCAAUUAAGAAAUCCAAAUCUUACAGCACUUUCAAAUGUCCCAACUUCAACAGUACCAAAGUUCAUAAGAACUGGAAAUACUGUUGGUGUUAGAACUCCUCCUCUGAUUUCCCAUUCUCCUGGUCCAGUUUAUAAAGUUGACUGGGAAUCAUUGGAAAAGAAUGCAAAGAAAGGUUUACCUGGAGAUUGCUAUCUACAGAAUGCUUACAUAUUUGUUAAGGUCUUUGCUCCAUUCAUAGUUUUCGUGAAGCCAGUCGUUCCUUUCUUUCCAGAUGCUGGUGUUAGCUUUUGUGGUUUCUUUGAUUAUGAUUUUGUGACAUUCAUUGCCAAUGAAGUCUAG